ACCUAGACUAGAAAAUGUGUAGGUUACGCCUUGUAAACUAAGGAUGACAUCCAAGGGACAUCCUCCACCAUCCGCAACCCUCAACCUGGCUAUAAUAAAGACUAUCCAUCCCUUUCUUUUUUAGAUCAUUUUGCAUUAAGCCUAAAAUAGAAAGCAAUUGUAAUUGCAAAGGAAGCCUGAGAGUGUGCCGUAAAAUAAAUUGCAGGGACAGGGUUAGGGUUCUGCUAGGGUUUUGGGUUCAAAGUACUGGUGGGUAAAAGCUAUAUUCGUUUCGCCAUGGAAGCUUCUUCUGCAAUCACCACUACAGAUCAGGGCAAUGUUAUUCCGCCUCAAAGCCUUUCUCAGAAUGGAAGUGAAAAUGGAAAUGCAAAUGCAAAUGCAAAUGGGACAAUAGUAGGGCCUCCAAGUAAUAACAAUGCAAAUAUGAAUGGUACUCCAAUAGUUGGGCAGAAGCGGGAUGUUAAUGGGUUUCCUGUUAAUUCCAACCCGCCUAAAAUUACCCAAGAUGACAUUGCUCGUUCUGCCAGUGAUGGAAGCUUUGUUAAGCUUUUUGUGGGUUAUGUCCCAAAAACCAUAACUGAAGAUGAGGUACGCCAUGUAUUUGCUGAACAUGGGAAUUUACUUGAAGUUGCUUUGGUAAAAGAUAAGACAAGUGGUCAGCAAAAAGGUUGCUGUUUUGUUAAGUAUGCCACUAUUGAGGAAGCUGACAGAGCCAUAAAAGCUCUUCACAACAUAUGCAUAUUACCUGGGGGAACGUUUCCUGUGCAAGUAAGAUAUGCUGAUGGGGAGCUUGAUCGUCUUGGUACAAUGGAGCAUAAGUUGUUUGUUGGUUCUCUUAAUAAACAAGCUACUGAGAAGGAAAUUGAAGAGAUUUUUGCACGAUAUGGACAAGUGGAAAGUAUUUAUCUUAUGAAAGAUGAGCUAAAGAAGAAUAGAGGUUCUGCAUUUGUCAAGUAUGUUUCAAGAGAAAUGGCAAUGGCAGCCAUUCAUGCUUUGAAUGGAACUUAUGUGAUGGAGGGUUGCAAUUACCCAUUGACAGUAAGAAUUGCUGAGCCUAAAAGACGUAGAGUUGCAUCAAAUGGUCCUUAUCCUGUAUCACAAGGGUAUGGCUUCAACCCUGGACCGCAUGGACAAACAGGGCUUAGACCUCCACCUGGUGCUGGAUGGGAUGCAAGAGAACGUCUGCGGACAAAUUGGCAGCCCAUGGCUGCUGGAGCCAGGGUGACAUCAAAUACUGUUAUGCGUCCUUAUGGAAACUCAAUAAUGCCCAGAGGAGGCCCUAAUGAGGUUGUUCCACCAAUGGUUGGACCAAUAAGAGGACAAGUGAAUGAUCCUAUUCAUGGACAAAUGCAUGCCCCGUCACAGGUGACAGCUCCUUACCAUCAGGGCUUCAAUCCAGCUUCCAUCCAGCAGCAAACUCAGGCUUAUGGUCAGCAACAGCCUCAAACGCAGCAACAGCCUCACAUGCAGCAACAGCUACAACCACCUGCCCAGCUGCAAACUCAGUCAUAUGGUCAGCAGCUUCCUCACAUGCAACAGCAAUUGCAAGUCCCUAUGCAAAUGCAGCAAGCUCCUCAAUCGCAAUCGUUACCAAACUUGCAACCACAAAAUAUUCCACAAUCUUCACAAAAUGGGCAGUUGCAACAAUUGAUGCCACAUUUGUCAGUUUCUAAGCCUCAAGGUCAACAACAAGAUGCUUUGCCGCCGCAAUGGGCACAAACUAAUGUACCACAAUACACCUUUCCUGUGCUUUCUUCACAGAACCUGCAGCCAAUGUCUCAGUCACAGCCAGUUCAACUUCAGUCACCGGCUGUUAAAGCCAAUUUCCAAUCACAACAGUAUUCCUUUGGGCAACCACAUCCCUCGUUGCAGCAGCAACAACAAUCCCUGUUUGAACAGCAUCAACAACAGCUCAUGACCUCAACACAAACUCUGCAAACUCAACAAGGCCAAGCUCAACAACAGCCUUGGGCUUAUGUGGGACAUCCUAAUGCAAAUCCAACCCUUAAUCCAAUUAAGCCCCUCGCAGUCGCCCAACCAACAACUAUUAUAAAUACUGUUGCUGAAGAGAAGACUUCACAUCCUACUCCUGAACCAUGUAAUUGGACUGAAUACACAUCUCCAGAGGGUCACAAGUAUUAUUAUAACAGUGUUACUGGAGAAAGCAAGUGGGAGAAACCUGUGGAAUUGAUCACCCUUGAAAAGCAUCAGAUGCAGUUUCUAACACAAGGGCAUCAGCCACAAUCCCAUUCUCAAGUUCUUCCGCAGCUUCAACACUCACAAGUCCAGCAAACAAUAAAUUCAAUGCAGCCAUCAAUGCAAGUACAGCAAACACAAUCCCAUUCUCAUGUUCCACACCAACAGAUUCAACAUCCUACAAUUCCAGUGCAUCAGCCGCAGACACAAGUACCCAAGCUACAAUCUCAACCUCAAACUCUGCCCCAUCAACUUCAACAAACCCGAGUCCAUCAACCAGCAAUGGCUAUGCAGGCACACAAGGUCCAACUGGGAUGAUUUACGUGUCAGAAAGGUUUGUAAAAUAGCUCAUGUGGUGAGAUACAUUUAAAAAAUGAAAAGGUUAUUAAUCUGGUAGAGGUGCUUAUUUCAAACCCUCUGGUUUUAAUUGCCACGGGCGGAAAGAGGUGAUGAAUUUUCAUUUCACCGCAAUGGAAUGGAAUCGAAUGUAAAAUAAUCUAUAAACGAAGAGAACGAACAAUCACUUUAAUUAAUUUCUGUAUGAUAUUGUGGUUGAUUGGAUUUUUAUAUUUGUAACUUUUUUUUUAUAUUUUCUGACUAUAAAUAAAUAUCGUGGCCUCGUAAAUAUCAGACUAA